CAGGUAUACAAGUGCGAUUUAGAAAAAAUUGCGCAUCGGUUGCUUAAUUAUGAUGGCUCGCAUUACCAUCUUCAUGUGUAUGCGGUCAACCAUUAUGAAGGCCCAAUUGCCAACAGUAGCAGAUGGAUGUAUGAGAUGGUAAACGCCACUGACUUCUGGCUAGGCAACUUUCCCUCACAACAACGAGCACCCGUGGGAUCCUUUUAUGCCAAAACCGUCUGGAAAGCCGUGCAAAACGGACAGUGA